AUGCGCCUUCGUAGUCCGGUGAUGGCGGCGGUACGGGUGUUGCCCUUCCGGCUCUCCCGGGUGGCGCCGAGGCUUUCUUGCUCCUUCGGCAGCAACGGCCCCGCCGGCCGAGCGCUCACGGUGCCCGAGCGCAUCGAGAAGAAGCGCCGGGCGGCGCUGCUGGGGGGCGGCCAGGCCCGUAUAGAGGCGCAGCAUCGGCGGGGAAAGCUCACAGCUAGGGAGCGCAUUCUGCUCUUAUUGGAUCCUGACAGUUUUGUAGAAUAUGACAUGUUUGUGGAACACAGAUGUGCAGACUUUGGAAUGGAGGCUGAAAAAAACAAGUACCCUGGAGAUAGUGUUGUAACUGGCCAGGGCAGAAUAAACGGGAGACUGGCUUAUGUCUUCAGUCAGGAUUUCACUGUGUUUGGUGGCAGUUUGUCUGGAGCUCAUGCUCAAAAGGUUUGCAAGAUCAUGGAUCAGGCUGUUAUGGUUGGUGCUCCUGUGAUUGGACUGAAUGAUUCAGGAGGGGCCCGUAUCCAAGAAGGAGUAGAGUCACUGGCUGGUUAUGCUGAUAUAUUUUUGAGAAAUGUUUUAUGUUCUGGGGUAGUUCCGCAGAUUUCUCUUAUCAUGGGGCCUUGUGCAGGAGGUGCUGUCUAUUCUCCUGCUUUAACAGAUUUCACAUUCAUGGUUAAGGAUACGUCUUAUCUGUUUAUUACUGGCCCUGAUGUAGUCAAAUCAGUUACCAAUGAAGAUGUUACUCAGGAACAGCUGGGAGGUGCAAAGACACACACAGCCGUGUCAGGGGUUGCACAUUGUGCCUUUGAGAAUGACAUAGAUGCUUUGCUCAAUCUCAGAGAGUUUUUUAAUUAUCUGCCUCUUAGUAACCAAGAUCCAGCUCCAGUCCGUGAAUGCCAUGAUUCUAGCGACCGAUUGGUUCCUGAGUUGGAUACAAUUGUUCCAAUGGAAUCUACUAAAGCUUAUGACAUGGUGGAUAUUGUACAUGCGAUUGUUGAUGAGAGAGAAUUCUUUGAGAUCAUGCCCUCUUAUGCCAAAAACAUCAUAGUUGGCUUUGCAAGAAUGAAUGGAAGAACUGUUGGAAUAGUUGGCAACCAGCCCAGAGUUGCAUCAGGCUGCCUGGAUAUAAAUUCUUCUGUGAAGGGAGCUCGUUUUGUCCGAUUUUGUGACGCUUUCAACAUACCUCUGAUAACUUUUGUGGAUGUGCCUGGAUUUUUACCAGGGACAGCUCAAGAGUACGGUGGGAUCAUACGGCAUGGUGCAAAACUCCUCUUUGCUUUUGCAGAAGCAACAGUGCCAAAAAUCACCAUUAUAACAAGAAAGGCUUAUGGUGGGGCCUAUGAUGUGAUGAGUUCAAAGCACUUAAGAGGAGAUGCAAAUUAUGCCUGGCCAACAGCAGAGGUAGCAGUGAUGGGGGCCAAGGGAGCUGUCCAGAUCAUUUUCAGAGGAAAGGAGAAAAAUGCAGAAGCAGAAUAUGUGGAAAAGUUUGCAAAUCCUUUCCCUGCAGCAACCAAAGGGUUUGUUGAUGACAUCAUCCAGCCUUCUACUACUCGACUUCGCAUCUGCCGUGAUUUAGAAGUGCUGGCAAGCAAAAGACAAUCCAACCCUUGGAAGAAGCAUGCUAACAUGCCACUCUGAAUUUAUUGAGAGUGCU